UUGAACUCUACUCGAGUAAACAAUUUAUUAGGUAUUAAAGCGAGUUAAUAAGUUUAAAAUGUACUCUAGACCGAAGCCAGGCGAAAGUGAGGAAGAUAUAUUACGUCUUCAACAAGAAUUUGAAAAAAACAAAGCUGAAAAUAAAGUUAAACUUGCAGCUAAAGUAAUUAGCAACACUACUCAAGAUAAACCUACAACAUCCACCAGUAAUGUUGAAUGUAUUGAUAACAGCAGUGUGGAUAUUACAGAGCAACUUGCCAAUACGUUUGAGGCCAUUCCUUCUAACAGUAACUUGAAAAAUAUUGUAGAGAGGAAUUCUGAGCAUUUCCACUCAUCAUUUAAGUUUAAUACAGUGAAUAAAGGAUUCCCUCAGGCAAAAAGAAGAGAUUUAUCAAUAACUUCCAGUAAAGGUGGUAGCAUAUUUGCCCAGCAAAUGAAAAAAUUAAAAAAAGACACAGAUUCGUCAAUGGAAGUUGACAAUGUAGUAAUUAAUGAAAAUCCAUCUACAAAUAGUAAAAACUUCACAGCCAAUUUACCUAUGCAAAGUUACAUACUAUCAGGAAGCGAAGGUACAUCAAUACACGAGGAAAAUCUAAACAUCAUGAAAAACAUGACCGAAGAAGAGCUUAUCGAAGAGAAAGAAAAAUUAAUGUCCAUGAUGGACCCAGCUAUUGUUCAGUUUUUGAGAUCCAAAAGAAACAAGGCAAUCGUCGAGACUACAGGGCCCUCCAUAAGCGAACAAAAUGAAGUAGCAGAAGAUAUAAAAAUCGAGGAAAUUGCCACGACUUCUGAAAUUUUAAACCAGCCUUUAUCUGAUAACUGGUUGAAUUUCAACGUGGUAGAAACCAAUAAGUUAGCUUGGAUGAGAAGCGUGGACAUUCCGAAGUUGAAAGCUGAAAAAUUCGAAGCCAGAUUUGAUUUCGAAGGUUUUAUUUUACCGUAUUCCCAGUCGGAUAUAAAUGAAAAAAAUAGGCUGUUGUACCAUCAUGGUGAAGACCCCGGACGACCUGGGUAUACAUUACAGGAAUUACUACAACUUUCUAGGUCUAGCGUUUUGCAACAAAAAAUUAUCGCACUCAAUUCCAUAGCGAACAUUCUCAGUUUAAAUUCAUCGGGGAUAUACGACGACAUAAUCGAUCUGCCAUUGGAGCAAAUAUUUUUUGUAAUCCGUUUCUGUCUGGACGAUAACACCCCGUCGAUACUAAACGCUAGCGUAAAAGCUAUGAGGAAUUUGGUGUAUUCAGAAAUUGAUGAAACUUGCCUCGAUGGCUUGCUAGGCUUCGGUUUGGGUUUCGUUCAACCUGUAUUGGCUGUUGAUCAUGAACUUGACGAUGAUAAUACCAUCAACGAUCAGCAAUUGGUAGAGAAAAAUAUCGUUAAAUGCCUAGCUAGGACCGAGAUACUUACAAGAAUCAGAUACAUUAUAAAUACAGUAAAACCUCCGUUAGAAACGAUCGUUUACUGUAUAGAAAUCCUCAUUAGAUUAUCGAGGGAUUCGGAAUUUUUGCUAAAGAGAGUAAUGGAAACCGAGAAUCUCAUAGGGAGCAUCGUAUCUAAUUUUAUUCCUCAAUCGCUUGAUCAAAACGCAUCUUCAUCACCCUACGGUGUACCACUGAUUCAAGCCGUUAAAUUAUUCCGGGUGAUAUCUUCCCGAAGCAAAGCUUUAGCAGAAACGUUUAUUAAUAAGUACAAAAUAUUGGAUUCUCUCGUUUUGUACCUUUCCAACGAUACAUUCUCUUCGAACGUGAACGGUUUGAGACUCCAAACGGAGUGCUUCCACAGCUUCAGCUUGUUAAUCCACUACAAUUUAGCAUUGGAUUAUUUCAGCAUCCUACAACCGGUGUUGAUGAGCACGUUAAACUACCAUUUCGAAACCACGAACAUAAGCGCGGGUACCACUUACGUGCGAUUGGGGCACGCAGCCGGAUUGCUGGGGCUCCUGUCUCGGGUUGCGGCGAGGAAAUGCUCGUUGGUGGCCCCCUAUUUGCCGCUGCUAAUUCGCAAGUGCUCGCCCAAAUGGGUGGCGCAGCUGUGCGCAUCGACGGAGUACUCGUGCGGCAAACUCACGUUGGUAUCUUCGCUGGUUCGUUGCCUGGCGGCUGUGAGAUCGUGCGAGAGGAUAGAGGAAAUCGAUGCGAGUGUGUUGCGAUUGAUCGAUUCUGAAGGGUUCAGUAUUAUCACGGAUCGAAUAGAGAGCGGUUCGAUGCUUUUGUACAGUAGAUUUGAGAGCGUUCACAAAUCGAGCAGUAAUUUGAAGGGUUUGGAAGUAGCCUGUUGGAGUUCCUUGAACCACGUGGUGCCUUUGAUGCAAGCGAAUAGCUGUUUGCCAUUUUUGCAUUCAGUUUCUUCGUAUGUUGAUAGUACCGAUCAUUUGCUAGUGAAAAAAACCUUCCUGAACCACCCGAAUGUACAGAAGUACCUAAAAGCUUUGCAAACGUUGGAUAAGUACCAUUUGAGCGAUCAUUGGUUCGCGAAACCCGAAACUGCUAUUCUGAUGAACAUUCUGAGAACAUCGGUUGAUAUCAGAAGCGAACUGGAUACUUCGAUAUUCUACGAAUUAGCUGUGAAAUGUUUGUGUGUAUUCAACGCAGAGCAAAAAGCUGAUAUUAAAUACGUUUUGGAAAACAUUAUAUUCUGCUCAAAGUUUUAUCCGAGCGAGGUGUUCUUGAGGCAACUCGACUUGAAUCAGAGAACUUUGAGUUUAGAGACUUCUUUGAAUAAUUUACCCGAGAUUUUGGAAGUUUACACGCAAGUGUUGGGUUUACAAAACGAAACGGUGGAUUUGUCAAAUUGUUGCUGUUUAGACGCGAGUAUAGGCAACGUGUUGCCCGUAGACUGGAUAUACACUCCGAUUUUAAUGCUGUACUCGAACCAGGAGCUCAAUAGGUCCCAGCUGGACGAGGUGCAGCAAAUUUUUACAAUCAGGAAUUGCCUUCGAUGGAUUUUAAUUUACGAAACUUACUUCCCACUAUUGGCCUCCGGGAUCAAUCCUACAGACAGAUUUUGCCGGCUAGCCUGCGUGUUUCUAGCCAGCGACGAUUUGUUCCUGACCAAAGAAAUCCACGAUCUCUUGGAGCUUUGCUACAGGAACGUCGCCAAGCACGAAAAGGAGUUCGAUUUCGACAGGGAAAUCCAAGGCUUGAGUAACUUCCAAAACUUCUACACGCAAUUACUGGAACAGUACCAAGGCGUGAGCUACGGAGACGCCCUCUUCGGCAACGUGAUUUUGGCGCCUCUGGCUCAAAAACACGACGCGCAAUUCAGGAAAACCCUUUGGUCCGAGUAUAUGGGAGCAGUGCAAGUUUGCAACGUUACUCCCGAACAAUACAUCGGCGAUGUAAAUUUGCUGUUGGAGCCUCACGAGCGCGAUUUGUCCUUGUUGAAAUGCUACAGAAGAGCCAUCGUCGGGAAUUUCCUGCGAAAAGGGACUGUGUUGUUUAAUGUAGCGGAGAGUCACGUUAAGAAUUUUGUACAACGCAAUAAACAACAAUAACAUUGC